AUGGGAUUUUUGAGAUCGUAUGCCUUUCUCACGCCGCAUCGCUUGGACUUUAUCCUAGCAAAAGAAUCCCACUUGAUCCCCGACGAUAUUGACUGGAUUGCCUGGUCCAAAUUCAUCCAUAAAUUUCGGGAAUUAGGCGACGAACAGGUCGCACAACGAUACCACUACGGCCAGCUGCGCCUCUCACGACUUAAUUGGGCGGUUCGCAUCGUUCGCCCGCAGCACGCCAACACACUAUGGUUUUACCAUCUCCCUCAUUGGUCAAUCACCUCGUAUCUCUCCCAGGCUACUGUCCCACUUCUGUUCAUUUUCGCUAGUGUCUCGGUCGUUCUCUCAGCUAUGCAGGUGGCUUUGUCAGUGCCAUCGGACAAAGGGUUUCUCCAGCGGCUAGAAGACGCUGGACUACCGCAGAUGGAACUUACAUUCUGGGCGUUCUCUAUCUCGAUCCUCUUGCUAUCGGCGUUAAUCUGGGUGUUACUUUUGGGGGUUCCUUUGGGUGCGUUGGCAUGGCAAUUGUCAUGGGGGUUCAGAAAGAGAGAGCGCGAAAAGGGUGAUCGUCUACUCAGCGCUUAG